AACCCGGAGGAGGCCCGGGAAGGGAGGAGCGCGGGUGCGCGCAGAGGAACGGGGAGCGCGCGGGGCGCGGGGAGCAGCGCGGGCAGGAGCGCGGGGCGCUCUCAGAGCGCGGGAGCGCGGGGAGCACCGCCCGCACCUUCCUUUGUGUGGCGCGGCCGUGGCGGCGCUGGCCCGCGCCGGGUCCCCGUGCCCGUCCCCGCCCCCGCUCCCGCCCCCGCCCCCGCCCGGCGCUCCGGUCCCUUCCCGGCAAGAUGGCAACCCCAGCCGCCGUCAACCCUCCGGAAAUGGCUUCAGACAUCCCAGGAUCUGUGACUUUGCCUGUUGCCCCCAUGGCAGCCACCGGACAGGUGAGAAUGGCAGGGGCCAUGCCUGCCCGUGGAGGAAAGCGGCGAUCCGGAAUGGACUUCGAUGACGAAGAUGGUGAAGGCCCCAGUAAAUUCUCGAGAGAGAACCACAGUGAGAUUGAGCGGCGCAGGCGGAACAAGAUGACUCAAUAUAUUACAGAACUCUCCGACAUGGUUCCCACCUGCAGUGCACUGGCUAGGAAGCCAGACAAGCUCACCAUCCUGCGCAUGGCCGUCUCGCACAUGAAGUCCAUGAGGGGCACCGGCAACAAAUCUACUGACGGCGCAUACAAGCCUUCCUUCCUCACUGAGCAGGAACUGAAGCAUCUCAUCCUAGAAGCCGCUGACGGAUUUCUGUUUGUGGUGGCAGCCGAGACAGGGAGAGUAAUCUACGUGUCUGAUUCUGUCACUCCCGUCCUGAACCAGCCACAGUCAGAGUGGUUUGGGAGCACACUCUAUGAGCAGGUGCACCCCGAUGAUGUGGAGAAACUGAGAGAACAGCUGUGCACCUCAGAAAACUCCAUGACAGGCCGCAUCCUGGACCUGAAGACUGGGACAGUGAAGAAGGAGGGACAGCAGUCGUCCAUGCGCAUGUGUAUGGGCUCUCGGCGCUCCUUCAUCUGUAGGAUGAGGUGUGGAAAUGCUCCCUUGGACCACCUGCCUUUGAACAGAAUAACCACCAUGCGGAAAAGGUUCAGGAAUGGCCUUGGCCCUGUGAAAGAAGGAGAAGCCCAGUAUGCUGUGGUCCACUGCACAGGUUACAUCAAGGCUUGGCCGCCAGCAGGAAUGACCAUACCCGAAGAAGACGCUGAUGUCGGACAAGGCAGUAAAUAUUGCCUUGUGGCAAUUGGGAGGCUCCAGGUGACCAGCUCUCCUGUGUGCAUGGAUAUGAGUGGCAUGUCAGUGCCCACAGAGUUCCUGUCACGGCACAACUCUGAUGGGAUCAUCACAUUUGUGGACCCAAGAUGCAUCAGUGUGAUUGGCUACCAGCCCCAGGACCUUCUGGGAAAGGAUAUUUUGGAAUUCUGCCACCCUGAGGAUCAGAGCCACCUACGGGAGAGCUUCCAGCAGGUGGUUAAGCUGAAGGGCCAAGUGCUGUCGGUCAUGUAUCGGUUCCGCACCAAGAACCGGGAGUGGCUGUUGAUCCGUACCAGCAGCUUCACCUUCCAGAACCCCUACUCCGAUGAGAUCGAGUACGUCAUCUGCACCAACACCAAUGUCAAGCAACUUCAACAACAGCAGGCAGAACUGGAGGUUCACCAGCGCGAUGGGCUGUCGUCAUACGACUUAUCUCAGGUCCCGGUACCCAACCUACCCACCGGUGUUCAUGAGGCAGGGAAGUCUGUGGAAAAGGCAGAUGCAAUGUUCUCCCAAGAGAGAGACCCUCGUUUUGCUGAAAUGUUUGCAGGCAUCAGUGCAUCGGAGAAGAAGAUGAUGAGCUCUGCCUCAGCAUCAGGCAGCCAGCAGAUCUACUCCCAAGGAAGUCCGUUCCCUGCCGGGCACUCGGGCAAGGCCUUCAGCUCUUCCGUGGUCCACGUGCCUGGAGUGAAUGACAUUCAGUCCUCCUCCUCAACGGGACAGAACAUAUCCCAGAUCUCCCGGCAGCUGAACCAGGGCCAGGUGGCCUGGACUGGUAGCCGUCCGCCGUUCCCAGGGCAGCCCAGCAAGACACAGUCAUCUGCCUUUGGAAUUGGAUCAAGUCACCCCUACCCGGCUGACCCUUCAUCCUACAGUCCUCUCUCCAGCCCAGCCGCCUCCUCACCAAGCGGAAACGCAUACCCCAGUCUUGCCAACAGGACUCCAGGGUUUGCUGAGAGUGGACAGAGUGGCGGGCAAUUCCAGGGCCGGCCCUCGGAGGUCUGGUCCCAGUGGCAGAGCCAGCAUCACGGACAGCAGAGCGGUGAGCAGCACUCCCACCAGCAGCCUGGCCAGACUGAAGUGUUCCAGGACAUGCUGCCCAUGCCGGGCGACCCGACGCAGGGAACUGGCAACUAUAACAUCGAGGACUUUGCUGACCUGGGCAUGUUCCCUCCAUUUUCUGAGUAGCUUUAGGCAAAGCCAGGCUUCUACUGCCCAGGCGCUAUUAUCAUGCCAUAGAUGCCCAUGUUCAAAGAGGCCCCCUCCCCUAGCUUGCCCUGCUGCAGAACCCCCAGAAAUCUCCCUUAUUCCCCAACCUCCCUGGACAAGGCAUCACUUGGCUCUAACCUACAGCCCUGGCUUCUUGAGUUCGGGAUCUUUGUAUUUAUUGUACUUUAUCUGUGUGCUCCAAAGGGGGCCUCCAGGGUCUUAAAUUCCAUAGUGAAUAAUCUAUUAAUGGACAAUUUGCACCCAUCAAGUGUUAGCUUGGUCCACAAUGGCUGGCAGCACCAGCAGAUCUGCCUGGUGCAGAAGCUGGGUUUCUUUCUGCUUUUUCACAGCUGCUGCCCGGAGGUUUUGUGUCAGAGUGAGAGGCAGUAACCUCUGCAUUCUGUGCUGGAGCCGGGAGCUCAGGGUGUGAGUCUCCCACACUAGCUGUCCUUGAUGGCCAGGUGUGCUGUAAACCUGAGAGUCAAAGUUGUGGCCUGGUAGAUAUACUGUGGCGUGUUGGUGUGUGUGUGUGUGUGUGUGUGUGUGUGUGUGUGUGUGUGUGUGGCCAGUAAGCGUGAGGAGCCGUCCCCAUUCAGCUGCAUUUCAAAGGAGAGCGUGCUUGGAGCCUGGGAGCUGGGCGGACCCCCAGAAGCAGGGCUGGGGAGCUGCUCACUUCGUAAGUCAGUUCUUUGGUCCCCUGCCUUUUUACAGACAGCCUCUACUUCCUUAAAGUUUCUAGUCCUUCUUCCUUGUGACCUAUGAGAGCGCUCACACUUCUCUUACUAGGCCUGAGGGACUGGCGCACUGAUUCCAUGAAGGUCACUGCAUCGCCCUGCUCUGCAGCAGAGCUGAGCUGUUUUCUGCCCAGCACCUUCAGGAAGUCAGACCUGGCCCUCUGUAUACAGGGUUAGGAUACCUCGCCCCUAACAAGGUGUCCCUGACACCUUCUGCUCUGUAACCUGAAAAGAAGAUGGGCCACACUCUGGGUGGAGAAGGGUGCUCUGGGCCACCUGAGCCUCUGUCUUCAGCAGGCAGAAAGGACGUGAGUAUCUUGGGGGGUGGGGGUGGUGGCUGUGAGGCCAGCCACUCUGGCCAUGCUUCUACAAAGACCUGAAUGCCUCGGUGGUCUUAAGGUAGAACUAUGAGCUAACUUCUAGACAGUGGUUCUCAGCCCGUGGGCUGUGUUGGAGGGUCAAACAACCAUUUCACAGGAGCCACAUAUCAGAUAUCCUGCAUAUUAGGUAUUUAUAUAAUGAUACAUAACAGUAAAAAUUUACACUUAGAAAGUAGCAAUGAAAAUGAUCUUGUGGUUGAAGGUAAGCACUACAUGAGGAACUACAUUAAAGGGUCGCAGAGUUAGGAAGGUUGAGAGCCACUGUUCUAGAAGCUUCUUCCUGGCUUGUCAGUCAGAUUUUAGAGAACUUCAGAUUCUCCCUGCUCCUCCCUGCCCCUCCCCCACCCCAUUGCUUCUCUGGGUUCUCUCUGCCUCCCUUCACUUAAUCAACCCUCACCUCAGGUACCUCACACCAGGUAUCAGCCCACUGAUGCCCAAAUGUGAGAGAAGCCACAGAGCUACCUUAGGCGGACUCUGGGGUCCUCCAGCGUCGUUUCAGAAACCCUUUGUUAGAAGAACUGUGGAUCUGCCGUGCUGCCUGGCUUCUGAGAGGCUCUGAUGCACAGGGGCAGAAUGAGUAUGCGGAUUACAGCCUGGGAGAACAGCACUCCAGUCAGAAGCUCGGCUCUGCCAGCUUGUACAGGACUCACUUGCAAACUUUACAUGGCUCCGCAGACUGCCCUUGGCAGCACCCAUCCUAAGGGACCCCCAUCAUGACAAACUCCAGCCCCGGAGAUCCUCAGGCAGCUUUGAAUCCUUCCAUGGAGUGACACAGUCAGAGCUUCAGCUCAGCCUCAGAACUCCCGUGUGUGCUGCCUGAUUUGGCUUCUGUUCCCAGAACUGCCUGGAGCUGGCCCCAGGUGGUGAGCAUAAGUUAUAAAAGGAAAAAAGGGCCCAAAGCAAAGAAUGCUUUGCAGUAAUGAGAACAGCCCAUGAAUGGCCUUUAGAUUGUGAAUCAAUGCCAUUAUCCUGCAAAAGAUGUCAGUUCAUAUGUCCCCUGCAGAGGAAGCCAAUGUACUGCUCCUCCAGUUAAUGUCCUUCCAGCUACCUGUCCUGGUGAUGGUCUUAGCAGGCAAGGGACGGAUAGGGUAUGUUGGCUUCCUGCAGUUCUGUUCCUCACCACUUGAUUUGCUGCUGAAGUACAGUUGACUCCUCAUAGGCCAAGCAAGCAGGAGAGAGACAUGCAAGGACCACCUGCGUCAUUGUCAAGAGCACAGGAGUUCUAGAAGAAUGGGCCAUAGCCUGCCAGGCCAGCCAAGGAUGGCUCUAGAACCCUGCCUCCAUGUCUGUCCUGUUUGUUUCAUUGUGGUUUCAGGGAGUGGGUGGAGCCAGCAUGAAUAUCCACAUUCAUCACGCUCAGCUCAGCCUGUUCUAUUGUGGGUGGUAGUAUCUGCAUUGGCGACAACCUGCUGAGAAGCUCACACUCCCCUGUCAUUAGGAGGACAGUGAGGUCCCAGGUUAGCCCACUAGCAAACAUGUACUUCCCUUCAGCUCAGAGCUAGAAUCCAGCAGGUCCAGGGAGAGGAUUCUGUAAUCUUCUGCAGCACAGCACAGCCAAUGAGCAGUAGCCACUGCAGCCUGUCACACGAGCAAAAACAAGUCGUUUGCUAAUCACCAACAGCAAGGCAAAAUUAAAACCCUCUUUGUGUGUGGCCAUGGGUUGCUAUGUUCUAACUUGCUGGUCCAUCCUCCCGUCUCCUCCUCUCCCCUCCCAAGCUGAUGCUCACCUGAAGUGCCACCACUGGAGAGACUGAAGCAGGAAGGGUCUGAGCUCAGGAGUUUAAGACCUACCUGGGCAGCAUAAUGAAAUUAAUCUUAAAAACAACUAUAUAUCGGAGUAACUUGGCCACAGUUCAUGUGCCGAGGAGUCCCCAGAUUCCUCCGUUGCCUAGAACCUGGGACAGCUUUAAAGAGGUAGCUCCACGUGUGUGACAUGCCGUGUCUUGUGCCCUAAGCAGGGUUUGUUCAAGUAGCCUGCAAAUCCUUGUGGCCACUGGCUAUAGCAAAAUGGAGUUUUUCACAGGUCAUCCAGGGCCCAGCCGUUUGCUUUGUCCAACUGUCUGUUUCCUUAAAGAAAACAUCACAUGCAGGCUUCCAAGAACAGCAAGCACUUACUCAUUUCUCCCUUAGCCUUUCUUAUGGAUGUGAACUGUGCCGUGGGUAAAUCAUUUGUAUUUCUUGAAUGUUCUGUAUGACUAACAGGUAUUAAGUCACUGGGUAUAUGUAUAACUAAUGUAACUGCCUUUUAAAUUUUCAUUAUAAUAAAAAAUGACUUUGCUCUGAAA